AUGGGGAGGGAUGACAGGUUCCCGGUCUGGGAGGCCGCGCUCGGCGCCGGGGUCGCCGCCGUCUUCGCCGCGGGGCUCGUCGGGGUCUACCUCUCCAUGCCGGACUCCGACUACAGCUUCCUCAAGUUGCCCCACAACCUCCAGGAGCUCCAAAUCCUCACUGGCCAUCUUGAGAACUAUACCAGUGACUACACCGUGCAGGUGUUGAUAGGUUACUGCGCUGUGUACAUCUUCAUGCAGACCUUCAUGAUCCCAGGGACGAUAUUUAUGUCACUGCUUGCUGGUGCUCUAUUCGGGCAACUCCGGGGCGUGGCUCUGGUCGUCUUUGCGGCCUCUGCUGGUGCUUCUUCAUGCUAUUUCCUGUCAAAGAUGAUUGGAAAGCCACUCGUGUUCUCUCUGUGGCCAGACAAGCUCACAUUUUUCCAGAAGCAGGUUGCGAGAAGAAGACAAAAACUGUUGAAUUACAUGCUUUUCCUGAGGGUCACUCCGACAUUGCCAAAUACCUUCAUCAACUUAGCUUCGCCCAUUGUUGAUGUACCUUACCAUACCUUCUUACUGGCAACUCUAAUUGGUCUCAUCCCAGCUGCCUAUGUGACAGUGAGGGCUGGGAUUGCUCUAGGAGAAUUAACAUCGCUCAGUGACCUCUACGACACCCAGUCAGUAGCGCUGCUGUUCUUGAUCGGGAUCGUCUCGGUCACACCAGCACUGUUGGGCAAGGACGAGGCGCAAGAAAAAACACCGGAAAUCGCAGUAGCCACUUCAUGAUCACCAAAGCC